AUGUUCCAGUGGCUGCUGUUGCUUCUUUUGCAGACGGUCUUUCUCGUAGAAAGUUGGCUGAGAGCGAGAGCAAAUGGUCUUGUGAAGGCUCACCAUUCCGACCUGGCUGGCAUGCUCUCCAAUGACGGAAAGCUCACAUCACCAUAUACGUUCAGCAUCGAGGUUGGAUAUCCCAUACUGGCGAAAGCAGGCAAGGUGCUACACUCGCUGGUGACUCAAAGCACAGGGGCGAAUGGGUCUGAGCUGCCUGGCAUGGACAGCCACUCCCCGCGCUCAUGCGCAUCAGACCCCUGCAGCGUGUCAUCGCUCAGCACCUCGCCAGAGAGCACUCCCAUGCGCGCCCGCCCCGGCGCUGAGUCACCCUCAGCCACCAGCGCAGUUCAGGGGAGGAUCCUACAGUCAAACGCAGACCCUGCCGCCAGCGAUGGACACCCCAAGCGCGCCAGCCUUGCCAGCAGCCCCCUGCCAAGCAAGCUGCUCGCCACCAAAGCGAAUGGCCAGAAGGCAGGGGUGAGCAGCAAGCAGAGCAGUGGUUCUGGGAGUGCGCUGAUACCCGCCAGGCCGCCAAGCCGGAUGGCUGCGGCUGUGGCUGUGGCGAAGGCCGAGAGCAGCGGCGACCUGAUGGGCUUCCUCAGCAUGCUCGCAGCUAGGCAGACUGGCAGCAAAGCGCCUUUGGAACUCCGCUCACGCGAUGACAGCAGCCUGCCGGUGCAGACUGAUCCCAGCAGGGACUAUAUCCCCAACGGCUGUGACGGAGUCUGCAGCGAAGCAAGCACGUCCAGCUUCACAUUGGGCAAUGGUGCAGACCUGCCCAGCAGAGCUGCCGCGGCCGAGGGGGCGCCAGGAUCCGGCGGUGCAGUUCCCAGCGGCAGCAUGGACCUGAUCGAUGGCGAUGCAUGGCUGGCAGGCAAUGGUGAUGUCAGCACCGCUGAGGAAGGGGGGGACUGGGUCGCCAAGAAAGGCUCGUUGAGGUGGAUAAAGCAGCGCGGCGGGGGCGCGGAAGUUGAUGGAGGCGGCCCGAUUAGGCGCCGUGCCAGAAGAGGCAACCGCGCACGCGGGGAAAUGGGCUAUGCGCUGCUUCGUGGCCCCUGGACCUGGGGAGAUAAUGCGGACGCAGGCGCUACGGAGCCAGAUCAGGACGCAGGCAUGCUCAGGAGCGUCAGCCAUGGGGGGCUCAGUCAUGACAGCGACUCAGCGUUUGGCUGCGAGCAGUAUUUUGGCGAGCAGGAUGAGGAGGCCGAAGGGGAUGUUCUUGAGUGCAGCAGCAGCGCUGAGAAGGGCAGCAAAGGGAAGUUGUUCAACCUGAGCGGGGGUCAGAGCACAGAGGACCUGCUCAAUGCCUUCACCAAGGAUCUGGCAGCAGCUGACGAGCCGCCGGCCAAAUCCAAUCAGAGGGGCGGUGCCAGAAAGGCAAAGCAGCCGCUGACACCUGCUGAGCUGGACGAGCAGAUUGCCAGCCUGGCAGGCCCAGCAGCAGUCAGGGAGCCUGAUUUGGUCCUGGUGUUUGGCAGGACCUUCACCCUCGCUGGCUAUCCUCCCUGGCCGAUCCGGUUCAGCGAGAUUUACCACAUGGGCGAAUUGACUCAAUUCACCCGGCGCAAGCUGACUGACGCCCUCCAGCGAUACUGCAGAACCCCUCAACGAUUUGGCACAUAA